CUCGUAGUGUGCAUCUUUCCAUACUGCAUCUUACUGCAUUCCACCCCCAACCUUCGAGGGAAAGAUGAGCGCCUCAGUGACCGACUUUAAGCUGGUCGGGCUGGCCGCCGGCUUUACACUAGGAUUUGGCUUUCUUACCGUCUGGAAUGCAAUCAAACAGACUGCGGCCAUUGAGAAGCCGUACAAGAGCCCUUAUGUGAUUCUUAUCUGGAUUGAAAUCUUGUCAAAUGUGACAAUUGGAGUAAUGGGGUGGCUGGUGUUGGAAGGAGUGAUCCCUGCAAUCGCACCUGUGCUGUCGGUGCUACUACUCUGCUGGGCUAUUGAGAUUCAAUGCCUCAUGCAGAUCAUUAUCAAUCGAAUCUAUGUCGUGGUGGAUAAGAAAGUGAAAGCCAGGAGAGUGAAAUGGGUAACUGCCUGCCUCAUCACCGCAAUCAACAUUGCCGUGUUCUGUAUAUGGAUCCCGGCACACAUGGACCCCCCUGUCAAUCAUACGUACGUUCUUAUCAAUCGAUACUGGGACCCAAUGUCCAAGGUACUGAUAUGCGUCGUGGACGCAUGUCUGAAUGUGUGGUUCUUACGAGUUGUCCGUGUGCGACUGAUCCGGGAAACUGGGCUGAAGAAGUAUGGCCCGCUGGUCCGCUUCAACGUCCGGAUGAUGAUUGUCUCCGUCCUUAUGGAUGGCCUCCUUAUUGGACUUAUGUUCCUCCCCAACCCAAUGGUCUACAUCCAAUUUCACCCUGUAACAUAUCUAGUGAAGCUCAACAUCGAGAUGACAAUGGCUUCACUUAUCCGCAAGCUCGCAAAGGAGAGUAACAUCAACGAAAUCCACGAGGCAGUAAAGCAUCUGCCGAGUCGAUUCCAAGCACCAAACCUCUACACCAAGUGCGAUGACGAGGAGAGAGACCAGAAAGGUUUGAAGCACGUCCAAUUUUCCGAGCUCCAGCAGCAGGGAUUUGAGACGGAGGAUAUGAAGAUCUUGAAAACAACCAGUGUCCGUGUUGUAACAAGCCCAAGACCGUUCGUGCAUGACAGGCCAUCGCAUAGAAGAUGA